AUGUCAAGUUAUACUAUGCUGCGAAAGCAGGCGCUGAACAACCUCGCGUUUACAGUCCCCAAGAACCGCAAGCCCAAAUUCGACCUCACCCUACGCAUCAUUGACCUGACCAAUAUCCCCUUGAUCUCGGGCACUGCGACAGUCCGAUGGCACCUCUCCAGUUCGAACGCCGCCGAACAUCGCGGACGCACGGACAAGGCAUACAUACUCGAACAUAGAGCGACAUGGGACUACCUCAAGGAAAUUCCCGUGCGACUCACUAUCGAUAAGACUCAGAUGCUCCAGGAAUGCGACAUCCACUUCGAAGUUCUACAGGAAUACAACGAGGGUGGAAGAGGUGGAAGAGUACACUUGGGGAAUGUCAAGUUAAAUCUGGCCGAGUACGCGCACCUCCCGGAAGCCGCGACAGAGAGAGAUCCCCAGGACGAGAGUGACGAUGGUGGCAUCACGAGACGAUAUCUCCUGCAGGACAGUAAGGUGAACAGUACACUCAAGAUCGGCAUCCGAAUGAAGCAGACCGAAGGGGAUGCCAACUUCAUCGCGCCGCCGCUCAAAUCUGCCAUGGUCAUUGGUGGAAUUGCCGGCGUCCUGUCCACAGAGGUGGGCGAGGGAGACGACAUCCCCAGCAUUACGAGUAAAACGAGAGAGCUCUCAGAAGCACAGGAUAUUUACAGGCGAACACUUGCGGCGACGUGGGCCUGCCAAUCAGGCGAGCUUGCACCCGACAAGCUGAUCGAAGAUCUAUUCAGUGGCGGAGAUGGUGGGAAGAUGAAAAGUCCCACGAAGCCUGCACAUCAUACAGGACGCUUGAGUCCGCGUGAGGAGAGCAUGGGGUCCAGCUCCAGCGACGACAUCAGACGGCCAGUGACACCACGAGGCCAACAUCUUACGCCGCAGAUGGCGCAGCACCACGGGCACCGGAGAGGUGGAAGCGCUGACGGUGGAAAUCCUAAUGGACAUCCUGGUGGCAUGGCCAGUACUCCAAUGGGCACAGUCAGUGGCAGGUCGAGCAUUGAGCAGCAAAUUCAUGCCAGCCAGCAUGAUCAUCAACAUUCGAGGCGAAGAGAACGUACCGAGUAUAGUGAACUUACCGAGUUUGAUCUGCGGGAUGAUCUGCGUAGCUGGCAGGUUCGCGUGUUAUAG